UGGUGCUUUGCUUCCCUCCAGUUGAGUUUCCCAGGUGUGGACUGACUGCAGUACCAGCCAUGCUGCUGCCUGUUCUGGUGCGUCCGUCCCUCUGCCACUCUCAAACCUCCGUGCUGUUAACACGAUGUGCACGAACGCUGCGGUGUGACGCUGGGAGGACGAUGCACUCUCAGGCGGAACACCUCCUACGACGGAGGCUUCCUUUGCAAAUCCAGAGUCGAGGCACCAAGAGUCGAAGCAGGAAGACCAGGGGCCAGGAGGAGGACUGGAAGACCAGGAACAAGACGGCGCUGACGUACAUCGCUGCAGCCGGCGUGGGGAUGAUUGGCCUGUCGUACGCUGCAGUGCCGCUCUACAGACUCUACUGCCAGGCUUCAGGGCUUGGCGGCACGGCAGUGGCCGGCCACGACACAGAUCUGGUGGAGACGAUGAAGCCGGUGAAAGAGCGCGUCCUCAAGAUCACCUUCAACGCCGACACACAUGCCAGCAUGCAGUGGAACUUCAGACCGCAGCAGACGGAGAUCUUUGUGGUUCCAGGUGAGACGGCGCUGGCCUUUUACAGAGCCAAAAACCCCACAGACAAACCCAUCAUAGGCAUCUCCACGUACAACGUGGUGCCCUUCGAGGCAGGACAGUACUUCAACAAGAUCCAGUGUUUCUGUUUCGAGGAGCAGCGUCUGAACCCCCACGAGGAGGUGGACAUGCCCGUCUUCUUCUACAUCGACCCGGAGUUCGAUGAGGACCCCAGGAUGGCCCGAGUGAACACCAUCACCCUGUCCUACACCUUCUUCGAAGCCAAGGAGGGUCAGAGUCUCCCUCUGCCUGGGUACAGCUACAACUGACCCACCGAGAGGACCGCCCGAGUCCUAGACCAGGAACCUGGUUCUGGUUCAUAUCUCAGUCCGAGUAAAAGAAAAAAUGAUCCAAGACUCUUUUCUCUGACACUGAAGUGUGUUUCAACAAAUCCUGUAACACACGGGCCACAAAAAAAGAGACAUUUUGACACUGAAAAACUGUUUGUGUUUGAACCAGUGAUCUGGAGAGGAGAGGUCCUCGGAUUAGUUUUAGUUUUUCACUUGUGGUCGACGUGUUGAGAUACUGAGCUUCUCAGACUGUGUGUGUGUGUGUGUGUGUGUGAGUGUGUGUGAGAGAUGCCUGACAGACUGUAAAUCUUAACAUUGAGUCAAACUGUUCUGACAAACAGCUGAUAAUUAAAUUGUACAAAAGGCUGAAGAUCAAUAAAUUAUGACUAAGAAUGGACUGGGCCGAUGCAGAGAUCUCACUUUUUUAAACCAGCAGGGUUCUGCCUUAUCAGCCUAGUAAAAGUAAACCUGUUUCCUUUUUAGGAAAGUUUUAGUCAUAAUUGUAAAAUUUUUGAUUAUAAGUGUUGAGUCUUGAACCGCAUCAUUCAGACACCAGGGGGCAGCAGAUGAAGAAAAGUCCUGUUGAAGAAUUUGAGAUGAUGUGUGACUUCAUUUCUAUAUGUUCUAAAGAUCUUCUGGUUUCUAGACCAAGAUCUGAAGAUCUGAACCUGUUUUUACAAAAUAUUCAACAGUGAGUAGUUUUGCAGCGACCUUUAAAAAUGAGUAAUUUCCUCAACUCAUUUCAGAUCAUUAUUGAAAUAAAAAUUCCUGUAGUGGAAGAAAUCCUCACAGUGCCGCCAAGAUUUAUUUAAUACUAAAGCCUUAGCAUCAAAAUUCAAUUAAAGCUCCAAAAUUAAAAGUAUUUAUUGUGCACAUUGG